CAGUAAGUGUAUUUUGCUUGUUUUCAUAUUUAGUGAUUACAAGUCCAAUGGACACAUCAAUAUCGGCUGCCGGAGCACGAAAGAAGAUGGGUUUCAACAUGAGGUCGAGCUCUUUAGAAAUAGAGGAAACAAAAAAGAGAAACUCGAGUCUCUCUCCACUUCAUUCUCCUAAGUCUAAAGGGAAAGAAGCAGAAAUAUAUGUGGUAUUGUAUAACUUCAAAGGAAAGGAAAAAGAUGAUAUGGAUUUGAGAGCUGGUUGGAGAUUAACAGUAUCAAACAGCUCAGACCCAGAUUGGUGGAAAGGUAAGUGUAAUGGCAAGGUAGGCUACUUUCCAUCGACGUAUGUACAGAGACUUCAUCCGGGUCAGCGCGUCUUUCAAGUUCAGCAGACAAUGAACCUCACAGAAAAAGAACUUGGCUUUGGCAUGCGACUACAUAAAGACCAGAUUGUGUUCCAAGUGGGAGAAGAAACUAGUGAAAUGAUUCACGUACAAGCACCAAACAAAAAACAAGCCAUGUGUCCUGUGAAAUUCUUGAAGGAAGUUUGAAAAUAGUAAGCAUGUGACCAGUAUCUGGCUGCUGGCAUAAUGCAUCACAUGUUGUUCUUUUCAUGGACAUUCGUUUGUCCUACAUUUUCUUCAAAACUUUAUACAUUUUAUGGCCAGAAUUUCCUCCCCAGCAUUCAGGAGUUAUUGUAUGGAAUGAUGUAGGUUUUUUAAUGUUUAAAUACUCAAAUCACCAUGACAAUCAGUUCCAAAACCAUUCAUGAUUGUGUGGUUAUAUUUUAUAUUCAAAUACAAUGAAUGAAUGAAUGAAUGAAUGAAUGAAUGAAUGAAUAAGUGAAUGGACAAAUGGGUAAAUAAAUGAAUGAAUGACAGAAUGGAAAACAACCUGAUGAAAGUAUUUCACAUUAAAGAUUUUAGUUCUUUACAGAGGUCCAGUUUACAGUCACAAACAAAUAAAACCUUGACCUUUAAAGGCAAGAUUCCCAAGUAAUUUAUCUAUUACAUGGCUUGACAAACUAUUGCCUGAAAAUACAGUGAAACCAUUCUAAACUGGACACCCAAAGGAUCCAAUAAAAAGUCUGAUUGAAAGAGGUAUCUGGUUUAGAAAUGUUUUGUUCUGUAUUGAUAUUUUAAAAGGAACUUUAAAAUUUUCAGUUUUGAAGGAACUGCAGUUUACAGUGUAUGGUUACCUUUUCUUUGUCAGUUUUUAGCAAAUAAUCCGGUUGGUCACUGUUUGUUUGUUUGU